GAAUGAACAGCCCGAAAUACGGCAUUUCCUCGGGGCUUCCCUUAUAAAAAGGCGAGCAGCUCAGAGAGAGGCACAACACUACGGAGAAGCCGAAUCCUUUGCAACAAAGAUGCUGUGCCGACUCCACCUCACCGCUCCUCCUCGGAGUCCUCUCCGGAGCCGGAGCCAGAUCCUGUGGCCAAGAGCCGGCUCGCUCUUCGAUGACUUGGAACGAGAAAUGGAUGCAAUGUGGGACCUCUUGACCAGCAAUUGGAGACCAGCUACCACCAGUAGGACAUCGACGAGCACUACGAUCAGACGGGAAACAACCCAUGGUUCGGAGACGGCGAACCACACCACUGCCCCGUUCGCUGUAACCCAAGACAUGACCGGGUUCGACCCACAGGAGUUGGUGGUCAAGCUGUGCGGAGAGAAGGUGGUCCUCACUGGGAAGAAGGCAACCCAGACACCGGAAGGGCCUUUCCGCUACGAAAUCUUCCGGAGGGAAUGGAACGUGCCGGAGAGUGUCGACCGUGAGCGCUUGAGCUGCUCCAUCUCCAGCGAAGGAAAGCUGCGCAUCGAAGCCCCUUCGACAGAACCGGAGCCACGGACCGUCCCCAUCGAAGUCAACCGGGCGGGAAACCCUGCCGAACCAGAACCCGAAGCCCACGAAAACAGCCGGGCCCAAGGUUAGGAGAGGAAUGGACUUGGAGAGACUCUUGGAAAGCCGUCAUGGAACCAAGAACGCCAAAUGUGCUGCAUCAAGUGGCUGAAUUCAAUAGAUAAGAUAGAACUUCAACUUGAAAACAUGCCAUUUUUCUCUCUUAAGAGACUCAAAGCAGUGACUCAAAGAAUUUAAAAGAGGGUAGCAUACUAAGAGAACGGGCAACAUCGGAUACACCUGAACUGGAUUUUGAUCUUAAGCAAACUUUGGAUGUAACUGUUCUCAUU